AUGGCAAACAUCACUCUUAAGCCCGAUGCCACUGCCUCGUCCUACGACUAUAUCGUCUGCGGAGGAGGAACUUCCGGAUCUGUUCUGGCCGCUCGUCUUGCUGAGGACCCUAACCUCUCGGUUCUCGUCAUCGAGGCGGGCCAGCACAACUCACUUCUCGAGAAUACGUUGAUGGUAGGGGGAUGGUCGAAGAAUUUUGACACGGAAGCCGAUUGGAACAUUACUACUGAGCCAUCCCCUGGAGCUAAUGGACGACAGGUCAAAGUCAGCCGAGGGAAGUUCCUGGGAGGGUCUAGUGGUUUGAACGGAACUCUGUGCAUUAGAGGAACACCCCAGGACUACGAUGAUUGGCAUAUACCUGGAUGGAGCGGAGAAGAAGUCUUUGGAUACAUGAAGAAGGCGGAGAAUUUCCACGGCAAAGAAUGGUUCAAGGCGGAUGAAGAGGCUCACGGUCACGAAGGAUUACUUCAUACCGAGCCUCAUGACCUAGCUCCAAUCUCAAAUAUGAUUCUCGAAUCCAUGGCGGAUCGAGGUCUGCGACGCCAGGACGAUAUGUUUACCACAGGCGACAACCCGCACGGGUGUGGCCAUGCUCCAAGAACAGUCUACAAGGGAGACAGAACCACUGCUGCGGAUUACUUUGUCCACAAAGGACCCAAUCUUGCGAUCAAGACCGACACCACGGUUGACAAAGUAAUCUUGGAGGGCAGUGGAUCGGAUCUCCAGGCCACCGGUGUGAAGGUCAUGGAGAAGGAUGGCAGCACCAGGGAGAUCAAGGCGAGGAAAGAGGUCAUCAUUUCGGGUGGCGCGUACUGUUCUCCAGCCAUCCUCUUACGAUCGGGCCUUGGGCCUAAAGCAGAGCUAGCUGAGCACGGCAUUGACUGCAAGGUUGACCUUCCAGGCCUCGGCAAGAAUCUGAUGGAUCAUAUGAUUGUCUUCAUUUACUACCUCACCAAGACGCCCGGACUCACGAACGACCACCUUCUGUACAAGCCAGACGCUCUCGGGGAAGCCUACCGCCAGUGGAAAGAAGAGAAGCGCGGACCUCUGAGCACUUUUCCCUUCGGAGCGUUCGGCUACGCCCGUCUCGACGCGCGGCUCAAGCAUGACCCCCUCUGGAACUCCGCUGCACGAGAAGAAGGCCGUGACCCGAUGGGUCUCACCCCGUCGCAGCCGAACGUUGAAUUCUUCUCCACCGAGUGCUACGGCGGACCCAAGCAGUACGCCGACUACCCCGACGGCGACACGACACAUGCAUUCAGUAUCAUCGCGGAGCUGUUCGCGCCGCAGUCCCGCGGCUCCGUCACACUCAGAUGCCGAGAUCCCACGGCCAACCCCGUCGUCGACCACCAGUACCUGUCCUCAGACCUCGACCUCCUGGUGCUGAGCGAGGCCUGCCGGUUCGCGAACGAGAUCGUCACCCAGGGCAGGGGGACCCGGGAUAUCGUGGACGGCAGCUGGCCUGCUCACCUCACCCACCACGCGCACACCCGGCGAGAGGACUGGGAGCCGUAUGUCCGCGACAACGCCACGACCUGCUAUCACCCGGGCGGAACCUGCAAGAUGGGCGUCGGGGAGGAUCCCAUGGCGGUCCUGGAUGCCGAGCUGCGCGUGAGAGGCGUCCGGGGUCUCAGAGUCGCGGACACCAGCGUGAUGCCGCUGCUGAACCAAGGCCAUACUCAGAUGCCGGCCUAUGCGAUUGGCGAGAAGGCGGCGGAUCUGAUCAAGGGCUUAAGUAUCUCUGGGACGACGAGGUUAUGA